UGGGACCGGAGGCAAAGGCAAAGGCGAGGGAGAAGCAGGAGGGGAGACGGGAGCUGAUAAUGAAGGCGAAGAGGCCGUGAGCCUCGACGGCGGGACCGGAGGGUCAGGUGGUCGGGAGGACACAGUUUGCCAAUGGUGAAUCAAAUAAGGAGGGAGGUCCUCGGUGAAGCACUCAUAAGAAGGGGCAGGAUUCAAGGACAGGUCGGCAAAGGGGAAUCGGGUUUCAUCAAAAAUGACAUGCCGCGAUAUUAUAACUUUUCUGUUUGACAAAUCAUAACAUUUAUAACCUCUGUGAUUCAUCGGAUACCCCAGAAAAACACACGGAGUCGAUCGUGGUUGUAAUUUGUUAAUUGUAGCGGAAGGAAAGAGAGGAAAACACAGACAACCAAAGACACGUAAGUGUGAGUAUGAAGGGUCACGAUGAUACAACAACUGAGUAGGAGAAUCAUUCUGAAGAGUCUUGCGGGGCAGAAUGUUCAGAAGGUACGUUGCCAUUUGAAGGGCAUCGCUGUCACUCCGCAUGCCGGUGGCCUUUUCCUCAGUCAGAGCACUUAUGCUAGUGAGAUCAUUGCCCGCGCCGGCAUGGCGUCGUGCAACCCUUCUGCUACUCCGGUUGACACCAAGCAGAAGCUCUGUUCUUCUUCUGGGACUCCUUGUGAGGAUGCCACUUUGUAUCGGAGUCUUGCUGGUGCCUUACAGUACCUCACCUUCACUCGUCCUGACAUUUCCUAUGCUGUUCAGCAGGUGUGCUUGCACAUGCAUGCUCCCCACACCGAGCAUAUGCUUGCUCUCAAGCGUGUCUUACGCUAUGUUCGUGGCACUCUGACUUAUGGUCUUCACUUGUAUCCCUCCCCUAUUGCGAAACUUGUUUCUUAUACGGAUGCUGACUGGGGGGGAUGUCCUGACACCAGACGCUCUACUUCUGGCUACUGUGUUUUCCUCGGUGACAAUCUUAUUUCUUGGUCGUCUAAGCGGCAACCCACCCUCUCUCGCUCUAGUGCUGAAGCUAAAUACAGGGGUGUUGCUAAUGUUGUCUCCGAGUCCUGUUGGAUCCGCAAUUUACUUCUAGAGCUUCAUUUUCCUCUUUCUCAUGCAACAUUGGUCCACUGUGACAAUGUUAGUGCCAUCUACCUCUCUGGAAAUCCAGUGCACCAUCAGCGUACCAAACAUAUAGAGAUGGAUAUCCACUUUGUUCGGGAAAAGGUCGCGCGUGGCCAGGCUCGCAUCCUUCAUGUUCCUUCCCGUCAUCAGAUUGCAGACAUUUUUACUAAGGGCCUUCCUCGGGUCCUUUUUGAUGAUUUUCAUUCCAGUCUCAGCGUCGGUGAACCUCCCGCUUCGACUGCGGGGGUGUGA